UGGUGUAAACUGCAGAGAGGAUCCUUCCUCUGCCACCCAUCCCUGCUGGAGUUAGAGAACCACCUUCAGUGUUAAAGAUUUUAAUGAAUACUGUAGUUGUCCCGGAUGCGAAACUGGCAGGAUUCACUCUGCGAAAUUGUGGAGCAUUGGCUCCUGAUUCUAAAGGGGGGAAUUAUCUUUCUCUCUCUGUUAUCUUUCCAUUUCUUAUUUCUGUCAUGUUGUGCUGCCCUGUUUUCUACCAGUGGAAGAACUGUGAUAAAUGUAUCCACAGCAAUGUGAAAAGAACGUAAUCGGAAUUAUAACACUGUAGCCCUUAAGUCAUGUAUUAUGCCGGCUUAUACUGGUGUUCCCAGUAAUUUCAUCAGGUUGUGAGCUCCGUGGAAGCAGAGGCCGUGUUGAUUUCUUCUAGUAGCGCCACGCUCCAAGCCUGUGCUGGCAUUCAAUAACCAUUUCUUUGGCCUCUUUAAGGUUUUCUCUCCAAACUAUCAUAUAAAAGGAAAUGUCAGAGAGGGGUGUUGUUUUACAAAUAGGAAUGCAUCCCUUCUGGUGAAAUUUCAAGUUAUGCCUGGGGUUCCAUUGCUCUUCAAACCUUAAAAAUGUAAACUGUCACCUGACAGGGCAGGUGAUUCCUAGAAUGAAUCUUUUCUUCAGGAUAAAUUAACCUUAAAGCCUAGGCUACACGAUAUUUCCUUUGAUGAGAAAUUCAAGUAGCAUCAUCAAGUACCUUUGAGUUGUAGGAUGACUGUGUGAGAGACAACAAUAUGGAUUUUUACCUUUAAUCUGUAUUCUUUGGCAGACUGCAUAAGCUAUGUAUAUGCCUUUUUUUUUUUUUUUUUUUUGGUUUUUGUAUAUGCCUUUUGUGUGAUAAUUCACCCAGAAGCACAAAGAUGUGAUCGUAUUGAUCUUCUUCAUUUAUUUAAUGCUUUCUGUUUGGAGUUUCUUUGUUUUUCUCUUUGCCUAAAGGUAAGGUAUUAUUAAAGAAGCUUGAUUAAAUUCUCAUUUCAAGAAAUUGAGUGUAUACUCAGCAUAUAAAGAAAUUACAUCCAUUGCAUGGAUUCUUUUUUUUUUUUUUUUUUUUUUUUUGAGUGAAUUCUGAUGACCCAAGAGAUGUCAUUUUCAUCAAUCUAGCUUCACCUUCUCAUUUCUCUCCUCAGGUUCAGUUCAUUCACCCUUUCCCUCUGUCAUCAUUCUUCCCUCCCCAGAUAACAUUGUAAAAGUAUUCAUAAUUUUAAAAGAGAAGCCAAGCACAUUUAAAUUAUCUUCUUUUUCAGUGACAGCAAUUUUGAAAUAUGAGGAGAGACCCUGGAAGUUUGGCAGUUGGCCACAUGAGACUUGAUUUAUUUAAAUAAAAUUUGUUUCUUCAAAUAUUCAAUACUGCAGUUUUCCAAAAUAAUUUUUUUUUCUCCUUAGAAACUGACUUUUUGAAAUUUUUACUUUUGGACUCAAUGGGGAAUCCUUAAAUUUUGUGAUCAAUGUCAUCAAUAAGAUGGUAGAGGGAAGUCACAAAUUUUCAUUUCUUUUACACAUUCUUUUCUUGCCUAUUGGAUGGACAGUUUCCAGAAGUUACUGGCCUAACUCACGUGCACUAAAAUUCUGUUACUAUUUAAAAAAAACUGUUUAAAAAAAUAGUUUUUUUAAAAAGCAUGUUUGUACACUCUAAACUAUUUUGGUGAUAUUUUUAUGAAACUAAAAUUUAGCAUGAAUGAGAGACAAAAUAAUGACUUUUUAAAGGCAUGGUUUUUACCACCUUGUACUAAUAUAAUAUUGGCAGCAGUCAUUGUGUAGCACUGGACAGGAAAUCAGAACUGGUUUCUAAUCCCUGCUCUGUCACUAACAAGCUGUAUGAUCUUCGAAGCUUAAGUGAAAAUGGUUCAUGUUAGAAGACACGAAACAAGGAAAAAUUCUAAAACUCAAGAGCAUGAGCAGAAAUCUCGAGUUGAUUGGAGGCGGACUAAAAGAAGUAGUAUUUCACAGUUAUUUGAUAGUGAUGAAGACCUUAAUAGUGAUGAAGACCUUGACAGUGAUGAAGAGCUUGACAGCGAUGAAGAACUUGAUAGUAACAAGGGGUUCGAUAGUAAUAAAAAGCCCGAAAAUGAAAGAAAACUUAGAUUAAUUGAAGUUGAAAGUGAAGGUAGUAGUAACUGUGAGCGUCUCAUGAACACUGGCAACAGUUCAACAUAUGAAGAAGAAAAUAACAAAAACAAACCUAGAAGUACUGACUCACCAGAUCAUGAAAAGCAUUCCAGUCAAGAGGAUGACGAUCUCAACAAACACACUGGACAGAUAAUAGAGGAGGAUUUAGAAGAAGAACACAUCAAGCGAGGGAAGAGAAAAAGGAUCUCCUCUGUUAUGUACGACAGUGAUGAGAGUGACAGCAGUGAUAUCCUAGUUCGAAAAGUAGGUGUUAAACGUCCACGUAGAGUGGUUGAAGAUGAAUGUUCUUCAGUAGAGAUGGAGCCAAAAACACCUGAAAAAACUUUAGCUGCAAGAAAGCGAGAACAAUUCCAGAAACUCAAAGAACUCUCAAAACAAAGAUCUCGUCAGAGACGCAAUAGUAGUAGAGAUUUUGAGGACUCUGAAAAGGAAUCCUGCCCAAGCAGUGAUGAAAGUGAUGAGGAGGAGGAAGAUGAUGAUUAUGAAUAUGAUGAAGAUGGAGAUGAUUAUAUUAUUGAUGACUUUGUAGUUCAAGAUGAGGAGGGUGAUGAAGAGAAUAAAAGCCAGCGAGGAGAAAAAUUGACUACAUCACAACUGAAAUUAGUAAAACAGAAUUCUCUUUAUUCUUUUAGUGACCACUAUACUCACUUUGAAAGAGUUGUGAAGGCUCUUCUGAUCAAUGCUUUAGAUGAAUCUUUUCUGGGAACAUUGUAUGAUGGCACCAGACAAAAAUCAUAUGCACAAGAUAUGUUGACAUCUCUUCAUUAUUUGGAUAACCGCUUUGUUCAGCCUCGUCUAGAGAGUUUAGCUUCUAGAAGUCGUUGGAAAGAGCUAUAUAAGGAGCGGGUAGAAAAUUAUUCUAAUGUAAGUAUCCAUUUGAAGAACCCUGAAAAUUGUUGCUGUCAGGCUUGUGGAUUGCAUCGCCACUGCAGAUACUCGGUGCAUUUAUCAGGAAAGUUGUAUAACACCAGGACUAUGGAAACAGACGAUUUCAUGUCACAUGAUAAACAGGUGUUUACUGUUGGCAGAAUUUGUGCUGAUCGUACCAGAAUUUAUCACAAACUGAAACAUUUUAAGUUCAAGCUGUACCAGGAAUGCUGCUCCAUUGCAAAGACAGAAGAAGUUGAGGAUGAACAGGUUAAAGAAACAGUGGAAAGAAUUUUCAAUCAGUCAAAAGAAAGUGGCUGGAUUAAGGAGUUUCCUACCACCACAAAAGUCAGGUCAUCGGGAUCCUCUCUCUCUUCAUUGGGAAUGGAACCAGAGUUCAUAAGAAACCAUUAGGUCAGUUAAUUCUCCUCAAUUGAAGUCAGUAUUUUGAACGCUAUCGAUUGUGAGAUUUCUAAAUCAUCCUGACCCCUCUCUUAUCUUGCCCCACCCUGGGUCUUAGCUCUUCAUCUUCAUUGCUAUCACUGGAAUUUGGGACCUCAUUACCUAACUUAUUACAAGACACUAGUAACUAAUUGCUAUACUAUUCUAGAAUGGCUGUUUUACCAUUUUUCUUAAAACACACGUCAGAUCAGGUCAAUCUCCUACCGUAUAACCUUUAGCAGGGUCACAUUGCCUGUCACAUUAUUGCUAAACUCCUUCAGCUAGCAUUUCAUACAUUUUAUUCUCUGACCACAAACUCUUUGGUUCAGUCUUCUCUUGCUGUUCCCCUACAAAACCUCAAAUUAUAGUUAAAUUCCAUAAAAUCUUGUCUUCUCACUGUUGCAUGGACUGUUGUCUGCUACAGAAAACUCUCCCCAGCAAAUCUUUGCCUAUCGAAUCCUUUUUCCCAGGACAGCUCAAGUGAUUCUCUUUCCCGAUCACUUCAACUAACCAUGGCUACUCUUCUGAACCUUCCUAACAGUGUCCAUAUACUUUGUCAUGGCACCAGUGCCAUGUACUGGUGUUGUAUUGUACACAUAGUAUUGGUGUACUCCCAGUGAACUCUGGUCUGUUUAGGAUCAGGGAAAGAGAUUAUUUUUGUACCUAGACAGUCAUGAGAAAGUAUUCAAUAUAUGUUAUGUGUUCAAACAAUUUUUGUUGAGUAAGUUAUUGAAGUUGUUAUACUUCUAUAAAUAUGGUAAUAGAAAAAUUAUAUUUUAUAAGAACAUUAUGAGAUCAAUAAUAAUGUUCAGUUUGAUCUCUUUCCGCUCCUUUAUGAGUUAGAAAUGCUUAUUUGCAAUUGUGUCCCUGUUUAUAAUGAGAUUUUUGCUCAUGAUUAUCAUGAAAUGAACAUGUUCCUGUUUGUCUCUGUAGAUUGAAAAGGCCUACCUUAUCUUCUUUGCUUUGAGUAAAAUAACUAGAUUUUUUAUUGUAUACACAGAAAUAUGGUCAACUUCAAGAAUAUCUAAAUUUGGCGGAUUACUUUCAAGAUGAGAAGUUUGACUGAAUUGUAACACAUUUCCUUCAGAGAAGAUUUUAUAAAUUCCUGUAAAUGUGAAGAUCAUGAGUCUUGUUUCUCUGUAUCAUGUGACAUUUUUAUAAAUUUUAUGUGUAUUUUCAUGGCAAAUAUCUUGUUUAAAACAUAUGUUCAUCUUAAUUUCCAUGAAAUGGCACUCACAGUCGAAUAAAAGUUUUAUCUGCUGUACAUAGAAAACAUAAGCCUAAUAAUUUUUAAGUAAGUGUAUUUUAAAGUUACAAAACAAUGCCUUUAUAACAGAUGAUCAUCAGGUGAAUGAGCGGUUCAUGUUCUGUCACCUUAGUAGACAAAUACUGUAUUUUAAAAAUGAAUUUAGAUCAACACCUACGUGUAUUUAUUAUUGAAUCCCUGCCCAGAUCUGUUGAUUAUCCUUUCCAGUAUUAAAUGAUCUGCACUGAUAUAUUGUUCACUGCUAUCAUUAUCUACACCAGAGGGCCAUGGAAGAAACCCAAUGUUUCAUUCAGUUCAAUCCCCUCACCUCAGAAGCAGACUAUAGUUUACCCAUUUCAAGUAAAGGAACGCUUUUCUCCUUUUCUAAAGUCUCCUUUGGAAAUAGAUCUCAGGCCGCCAGAGUCUUUCAACCCUCACAUUCAGGAAUAAUUUCAUGGUGUGUUUUUUCAUGCUUCAUAAUGUUCUUUAUAUUUUUUAUUCGAUUUUGUCUAAAUGCUAAUGAUUAAGAUGUAUUUUAUUUAUUUUUAUCCAUAACUUUUCCCAUAUAUGUAUUUAUGUUAGGAUCUGAAGAUCUCAGAGAGACGAAUUCAGCCAAAAAUAGUUUAAAAGCAUAUUUUGGCAUCUGCAUUGCUUUGCACAUUUAAAUUUUCUCAUAAUAAAGUAAAAUGGUUUUAUAGUGA